GCGCCGCGCCGCUGCGCUCCGGGCGGGAGGCAGGAAGGAGGCGGCGGGCAUGGAGCAGCUUCCCGGCGGGAUGAACUAGCUGCCCGGGACGCCCCGUCCCGCCUGCUCCCCGCCGGGACGCAGUGAGUAGCGGGGACCCACAGGUAAAGCUGUUACUCUCAAGCAUCUCUCUGCAAUGGCCUCAGGGAAUGAUGGUGAUCCACCAGGUGCCCGAGUACACUGGGAUGGUGAUGGGCGCAAGCUGUCACAAGAGGUCAAUUCAGAAGACCAAGUGGCUGAGCAGACCGAGGAGGUGUUUCGGAGCUAUGCCUUCUACCGCUACCAACAGGAGAGAGAAGAGAGAGGGGACGAAGUGCCCAUGGACCCAGAGAUUGCAGAGAUUCAGCAGGACCUAAGCAGCAUGGAGAGCCUGGUGGGAAGACGCCUGGCCAUUAUUGGUGAUGACAUUUAUGAGCGGUACGAUGCAGAGUUUCGCUGCAUGCUGAAAUCCCUGCAGCCCACCAAGGGAAACGCCUAUGAAUACUUCACCAGGAUAGCCUCCAGCUUAUUCGAGAGUGGCAUUAAUUGGGGCCGGGUGAUUGCACUGCUGGGCUUUGGCUACCGCAUGGCCAUCCACGUCUAUCAGCACGGCGUAACAGGUUUCCUCCGCCGGAUCGCCCGCUACGUCGCAGAGUUCAUGCUUCGGAACCGCAUUGCCCAGUGGAUCGCUCAGCAGGGAGGAUGGGUGGCUGCGCUCGAUCUGGACAAUGUUUACGUGAAGUAUAUGCUGGUGGUGGUGGCCCUUGUUGUGGUGGGGCAUUUAGUGCAAAUCCUGAUCUCUCCCAGCCCUGCAGGAAGAGGACAGGGUACAUGAUGGAGCAAUAAACCAUGCUUUACACUGACUCCAGAGAGGGAUUGAUAAACAGCCUUCCUUUCCAGGAGGAGGAGAGGAAGGAAGCAGACUAGAGAGCACUGGUGGUCCCAGUGGUGACAGGGAGAGGGCGAAGGACCCUGUCUGCAGGAUGGUUCUCCCCCUCUGCAAGCCAUCUUUAAACAGCAGGCAAAGGAUCUGUGUGGAACAUAGUAGGUUGCUUUUAUCAGAAGAAAAUUUCUUUCACAAGUAUUCUGUUUUAAAAUGAUGUAAUAUAUAUACAUAUAUUUGAAAAUAAAAAGGUACAUGCAGUGCAAGCUCUU